AUGUACGGCGUAGCAGACGCAUUCUUCGCGGGUGGGUCUGGUACAUCGCCGUCGUCAUCACUUCAUGCUCUUCAACAGCUCAUAAGACCCAAAACGACACAGCCACCGCAGUCGGGGCUGUUCCAGAGUUGUUUGCAGCUCGGCGAGCGGCUCGCGCGUGUGCCUGGUUUUGAGCGGGACUUUCCUCUUCGAAGCAAGAGCAAGCGUCGCGACUCGUCUUCGUCGACAGGCUCGUCCUCAGAGCCGCAUGACCCAGUCUCGCAGUUGUGGCAAUACUUUCGACAAGGCAAACCGCUGUGUGUUCUGUUCAAUGUGUACGCCACAUACGCACACAUUGCGCCGAUUUCGUAUCGAGUCGAGUCCAAGCUUAGCAAUGCAAAUGCAUGCAAGGCCCUGGUGAUGCGGUUCAUUCUCGCACUGAAAGAACGUCUUGGAUGGGACCCCGAAGACACGUUUACUGUCUCGCAGCUGUAUCUAAGCGACACGAAUGGGUUUGUGCGCGUCGUCCGCACGCUCGAUCGGUUCCUUUUACUUUUGGAAGACUGCGGUCUGUUGCACCCGACGACGCCUGUGCCAUCCGAAGAGUUGCCGCCGCAGCCGCCGGUCGCGUGUCCGCGCGACCAACGCGAGCUCGUGGGCAUGGAAUUACUCGAGUCGGAGCGGAAGUACGUUCACGACCUCGAGAUCCUGCAAUCGUAUGCAUCCGCGAUAUCACAGUACGACAUCGUGUCGCAAGAUACCAUUUACCACAUUUUUGGCAACUUGGACCAGCUUGUCGAUGCACAGCGGCGUUUUCUAAUUUGUCUGGAGCAGAAUGCUCAGAAGCCGCUUGAAAGCCAGCAGCUCGGCUACAUAUUCCAGUCACUCGAAGACGACUUCUCCGUGUAUGAUCUUUUUUGUGCCAACUAUGCGAAUGCGCUCCAGUAUAUCAAUGACGAGCGCGCAGCGCUUUCUCAGCUUUCCCAAAUCCCUGCAGCUCAGUCGCGCUAUCUGGAGCCUUCAUACGAGCUCCCAACCUUUUUGAUCAAGCCCGUUCAGCGCAUCUGUAAAUAUCCUUUGUUGCUCGAGCAGCUUUUAAAACACACGCCCGAAGGUGCGCCGGGCCACGCCGACGUUGUGGAAGCGCUUGCGACCAUCCGCCGCAUCACCGACAAAGUGAACGAGACGCAACGCUCACAGGAAAAUGAGCAGGUCGUCAAGAACCUGGAAGCCCGAGUCGAGGACUGGAAAGGGCAUUCACUUCGUACAUUUGGGUCGCUGCUCCUCUCUGACACGUUUGUUGUGUCGAAGGGCGACUCGGAGCGCGAGUUCGGCGUCUAUCUUUUUGAGCAUAUCUUAUUGUGCUGCAAAGACACAAGCACCUCGGCCCCAUACCAGUUAUCCCUAACACCUGGCCGUUCACGCUCUAAAAGUGGCUCUCGACUUCGUCAGCGUGGUGGCAGUAUGUCGGAAUCAUCGGCCUCGCGUCGCGAGCAGCAAAAGCCAGGUCCUCUCCAGUUGAAAGGCCGCAUCUUUUUGAGCAAUAUUGUCGCAAUCCAAGUUCUUGGUCGCCGCGCUUCGUCAUCAUCUUUGUCAGCUAUGCCGACAGAGUCAAUCGGCCCCUACACGCUCCAGGUCUGGUGGCAUGGCGAGCUCGAGCUUGAGUCGUUCUGUCUCAGGUGCAAAAACGAAGAGCAGCUACGUAUGUGGUAUUCGACCAUGCAAAAGCUCCUGGGCGAGUUGCGAGCACGUCGCCAGGCGUCUGCUUCGCAGGCGUCAACACCCGUCACGACUCAGGCGCCUUCUCUACCCGGCUCGCGUCCUGGCAGCGGUCACAGCAAAGGCCCAGCCUCAGCUGCGUUCAUGCAAGUCAGCACGCCUGUUGUGUCAUACGCACAAGACACGAUGCCGAUGCGGCUCAGGCGUAGUAACACGGCCGAGUGCAAUGACGCCUUGCUCGGUCGCUCAGCGCGCACCAGUUCAAACCCGUCGCUCAAAACCUCCUUCAACACACCUAGCGUCUCGGAUUGUGACAGUCCACGCGAUACCCCCUGCGAUGAUGCCGCUCCGUUUGGAUUGCCGCAUGGGCUCUUGGCUUCCCCUGUUGUACCUGGUAGGCCGCCGCCACCGCCAGCACACAACCUCGUUGGCAGCGGCGCCAGCGGGACCAAUCAUCCGUGCUCUAGCACGGCGCCUGGAGCUGGUGUCGGAGCGGGCCCAGGUCUUAGCAUAGGCCCAGGGAUCGGCAGCGGCCUGGCGUCUGCCUCUUCGCCGGCGAUGUACCCGCCUCGUAUGCCUUGGCGCCAACGAUCGCUGGGCAACAUUCACCAACAUCCCUUCAUGACGUCUUCUUCAACAACGCCAAUCCCCACACCUGGAGCGGCACCCUCAUCGGCCAGCACCGCCGCUCCUGCUCCUGCUCAUGCCUCUGCUACUGCCACACCACCAGCAGUUCCUGUCAAGACGCCCAACCGUGUGCCCAUCCCUGUGCGUUCCUCCUCGGUCAGCGGGAACAUGCCGCCCUUGCGAGCGAGUGCUGAAUUCCUCGAAAAGGAGAUGGAAGCGAUGAAACUAUCCAAAGCACUCAAGCCACUCCGAGGCUUUGCUGCCGCACGGGGCGGUCCGUCACCCAUGCGACUGGACAGUACCAUCAUGCAACCCCCUUUGUCUGUGGGACAGACGGUCCCACCCAACAGCGACUGGGCCUUGACGUACGGUCACGUGUCACCAACGACUGAGUGGAAUCCAUACUUCCCUAUGAUGACGUCUGGCGCAACGCAUGCACCGCCACCCUCAGCAACACUGCCGGCAUCAGCAGUAGCACCAGGGCCCAUGGGCGCCGCAGGCACGUCUGCAACAUCUGCAGCGUCCAUCGCAGCGCCUAGCGGCAUUGCUACGAAGCGGCAAGAUUCUUUCAGCACGACCGGUUCGCGAGUUUCAGCGGACGCAUCGCAAGCCAAUACACCCAGCGUAUCUCAUUCGCCGAUGACUCGACAAAACAGUAGCUCGGGUGCAUCUGGCACUGGCAGCAGCAGCGUGUGGAUGCGCUCCGCUCCGCAUUCGCCUCCCAUCACGAUGCAGGUACGCGUGUGUGUGCGAUACGGACCGGAGCGUGUUGAGCUGCAAGUGCCCAACACUGUGAGCUUUAGCAACUUGCACGCGCUUGUGCAUAGCAGUGUUCGCGUUGCACCAGAGGCACACACGCGUAUGUACCAUAUAGACGAGGAUGGCGACCGGGUCAUGCUCCUGGAUGAUGAUGACCUUGCGACGGCGAUGGAGCACGUUCGACGCGUGCAGAGUGAGCCGCACCUGGUCGUUGUCCUCGAGUAA